CUGAUGGUAGUAGAGGAGGAUUUAAAGCACUCAUAAAUUUUAAAAUAUUGUAAAUAAUCAGUGAAUUGAACAUAUACAAUACAAUAGUUGUCUUCAUCUAUGGAAUUGAAUACGUGAUAAAAUCUACUUGUCUUCAUCUAUAAUUAAAAUUCCUCUCAAACUAAAAUAGAGGCCGCUCCAAGAAUGAGCGCGAAACCGGUCCCAUCUAACCCCAAAAACAAAAGUAUUUUUCUCAAACUUGGUCCCUAAUCAAGUGAAAAGUCUGAAAAUGAUGCUCCAAAAUACCGGCAAGUACAGGGCUGAGCGGCCAGAAAAGCCAGAUCAUCCUCAGGGUUCCGAGGCUGGUCCGGUUUUCAGGGAGGAAAGUUCAGAGUUCCGUAUGCGCUUGGUCCUGGAAAAUGAUGUCAUUGAUGCGAAGUAUGGGUUCAAAAAGAUUGAGGAUAAUACACAGCGAACUGGGUUUCUGCUGAAUAUGCAUUCAAAUGAAAUCCUCGAUGAGGACAAACGGCUGUGUGCUUCUGUGGACUUUUACUUCAUGGAGGAAGACGGAACUAGAUUCAAAGUUUCCUAUCCGUUCAUGCCCUAUUUCUACGUCCUAACGAAUCGCGAAUUGAUUGAGGAAGUUAGCCAGCAUCUUUCGAAGAAGUAUACAGGGAUUUUCGGUAAAAUUGAAACCGUUGCAAAGGAGGAUUUGGAUCUGCCCAACCACUUAAUCGGGUUGAAGCAGAAGUACAUCAAACUAUCGUUCUACAACCAAACAGACCUGACAAAAGUCAGGAAGGACUUGCUAAGGGAGGCAAAGAAAAACAAAGCUAGACUGAACGAGAAUUCCUAUUAUACUGAAAUGCUCGCAACUCAUUUAACCAACAAUAUGACUGAGAACGUAACAGCCAAAGUUUCAACUAACCAAAUGGAGAACAUUUUAGAUAUCAGAGAAUACGAUGUUCCCUACCAUGUAAGAGUUUCCAUAGACCUGAAAAUAUUCUGCGGGUCCUGGUACACAGUAAAUGCUGCAGGAGCCUCAUCGCCCUCAAUCGUUCCCAGGAGCGACAUUAUUGAACGUCCUGAGCCGAUAGUUUUGGCAUUCGAUAUCGAAACCACCAAGUUGCCCUUAAAGUUUCCCGAUGCUGCAAGUGAUCAGAUUAUGAUGAUUUCUUAUAUGAUCGACGCUCAAGGGUAUUUGAUCACCAAUAGAGAGAUUUUGUCAGCCGAUAUAGAGGACUUUGAGUACACGCCCAAACCAGAAUUUGAGGGAAAAUUUACGAUUUUCAAUGAGCCGAACGAAAUGCGGCUGCUCCAGAAGUUUUUCGACCACAUAAUGGACGUGAAGCCGCAUAUUUUCGUCACAUACAACGGAGACUUUUUCGAUUGGCCCUUUAUUCAAGCCAGAGCAGCGAUGUAUGAUUUAGACAUGAAGCAGGAAAUAGGUUUUGCGCCUAACAGGGAAGGGAUUUUUUGGAGCAGACCCGCUAUGCACAUGGACUGUUUGUGCUGGGUAAAGCGCGACUCUUAUUUGCCAGUUGGUUCGCAAAACUUAAAGGCUGUGGCCAAGGCGAAACUUCGAUAUGACCCUGUGGAAUUGGAUCCAGAGGAAAUGUGCCCCCUUGCAGUCUCAAAUCCGCAAGUUCUCUCAAACUAUUCAGUGUCUGAUGCAGUUGCAACUUAUUAUUUGUACAUGCAGUAUGUGCACCCAUUUAUUUUCGCGCUCUGCACUAUUAUACCUUGUGAGCCUGAUGAGGUUUUGAGGAAAGGAUCCGGUACUCUAUGUGAAGCCCUGCUCAUGGUGGAGGCUUUCCAUGCAAACAUAAUUUUCCCCAAUAAGGAGGAGACUGUCCUGAAUAAACUGACGCAGGAUGGGCACGUUUUGCACCAGGAAACUUAUGUAGGCGGCCACGUUGAAGCAUUGGAAAGCGGCGUGUUUCGAGCCGAUAUUCCCUGCAGGUUUAGAAUUGCCCCUGAAGCAGUGGACGCGCUAAUAGAGCAAAUCCCAAAAACGUUGGAGCACGCCAUAGUCAUCGAGGAAGGUGUUCCGAUGGAAGCUGUUACCAAUUUACAAGAGCUAAUCGACGACGUUAAAGCUAAACUACUUUGCCUAAAGGAUCAACCGAUGCGGUUGGAGCGCCCAUUGAUCUACCACUUGGAUGUGGGGGCGAUGUACCCCAACAUAAUCCUAACAAAUCGGCUGCAGCCCUGUGCAAUGGUAGAUGAGACUAUUUGCGCAGCCUGUGAAUACAACCGGCCUGGCGCGCUUUGCCAAAGGGAAAUGGCUUGGAUGAUGAGGGAGGAGUUCUUGCCGGCAAAGCGCGGCGAAUAUGAGCGCAUCCAGCAACAGCUGGAGAUGGAGAAGUUUCCGCCUCUGUAUCCGGGCGGGCCCCAGAGAGCUUUCCAUCAACUGUCCAAAGUGGAUCAGGCCAAUGUGGAAAAAAAGCGGUUGGAAGUUUACUGCAGAAGAGUUUAUAAAAAGUUGAAAAUAACCAGAGUCGGCGAAAAAACCACCACAAUUUGCCAAAGGGAGAACUCCUUCUACGUGGAUACUGUCAGGGCGUUUAGAGAUCGCAGAUAUGAAUAUAAAGGGCUUUCGAAGAAAGCGAAGCAGUCGGUGCAAGAUGCCUUGAAACUGGGAGACGCUUCGGAAAUAAAAUCGGCCAAAAACCGAGAAGUGUUGUACGAUUCGCUCCAGCUGGCGCACAAGUGCAUUUUGAACUCAUUUUAUGGCUAUGUGAUGCGUAAGGGAGCGCGCUGGUACAGCAUGGAAAUGGCUGGCAUCGUUUGCUUCACCGGAGCCAAUAUUAUAAUGAAGGCCCGAGAGAUUAUUGAACAGAUCGGCAGGCCUUUGGAAUUAGACACUGAUGGAAUCUGGUGCAUUCUGCCAGCCUCGUUUCCGGAAAAUUUCACCGUUCUGACCACUCAUGAGAAAAAGAAGAAGUUCGUCAUUUCCUAUCCGAACACUAUUCUCAAUGCGAUGGUAAAAGAACAUUUCACUAACCACCAAUACCACGAUCUAGUGAAUGGAGAGACGUUGGAAUACACUAUCAGGAGCGAAAAUUCAAUUUUCUUUGAAGUCGACGGUCCUUACAAAGCGAUGGUCCUACCGGCCAGCAAAGAGGAGGGCAAGAAGCUGAAAAAACGAUACGCUGUUUUCAAUUUCGAUGGCUCGCUCGCUGAACUCAAAGGAUUCGAGGUAAAACGCCGCGGAGAAUUACAGCUGAUAAAAAAUUUCCAAUCUUCAGUCUUUGAGGCCUUUCUGAAAGGCGACAGCUUGGAAACGUGUUACGCAGCCGUUGCUCAGGUGGCCGAUUAUUGGCUGGAUGUUCUGUUCUCCCACGGGAAGAACAUCCCCGACUCAGAGUUGUUUGAGUUGAUUUCGGAAAAUAGAUCAAUGUCCAAGAAAUUAGAGGAGUAUGGCGAGCAGAAGAGCACCUCUAUUAGUACGGCGCGUCGUUUGGCUGAGUUCUUAGGCGAUCAGAUGGUCAAGGACGCCGGACUCGCAUGCCGAUAUGUUAUAUCCAAGAAACCUAUGGGAGCGCCUGUAACCGAAAGGGCCAUUCCAUUGGCGAUCUUUCAAGCAGAAGAAGCCAUUCAGAAGCACUACUUGAGAAAGUGGCUCAAAGACUCGUCCAUCAACGACUUGGACAUUAGGGAGAUUUUGGAUUGGAGCUACUAUAUCGAGCGGCUGGGCGGCGCCAUCCAAAAGAUCAUUACCAUUCCGGCGGCCAUGCAAGGGGUACCAAAUCCAGUACCGCGGGUUAGACAUCCUGAUUGGCUGCACAAGAAGAUCUUGGAGAAGAACGACACAUACAAACAGAGGAGAAUAACGGACAUUUUUUCCCGAUGUGCUAAGCCGGCCAAUGAUGAGCCGUCGUCCAGCAGAAAUGAAGACGCCCCUAAAGAGCAAACUGGCUCUGUAUUAGUAGGUGAUAUAGAGGAUGUCGGGGGAAGGGAAACAUCGCCCACGUUCAAAAGACCAGUAGUCAACGUGACUAAGAGAAAACGGACUGUGGAUACCGAAAAUGCAUUCAGUGAAGCCGAACUGGACAACACCUGGAGGGAAGUGCUGGGAAAUCCCCCAGCAUGGGGCAGCACAAAAGAAAGCCACGAAACUUGGAUACGCUUCCAGAAGCGAAAGUGGCUGUUCCAGUCGCUUCAAAAGAACAUGGGCAGCAAAAACAAAAGGAGGAAAACCAAAGGCAGUUUAGCCGUUUUAAGGUCUUCAGCGCCUGGAACUUUGGGCACUUUCCUCCAGAAAACUCAGAGAACUCUCCUAACCACUCCCUGGCAAGUUUUGCAAAUUCAAGCCACAGGUACUGCGGGAGUUUUCAAGUUAUGGGCGCUGGUCGACACUGAGCUAUACUCAGUCAAACUCCACGUUCCCCGGAUUUAUUACGCCAAUUUGAAGACGCCUAAAGCUGCUGACGAGUGCAACUUGUUCAAGAAAUGCAACCGCACCUUGCCUAGAUCGAGGCACGUUUUUCAUUUGUACCGAUACUCGAUUCCCGAGAAAAUGUUCUUGGACAACAGACAAGAAGUGCUCGAGUCUGCUCUGACUGAUCCGACCAUUGAAGGCAUUUAUGAAACAAAAAUGACGCUGCUUUUUAGAGCUCUUUUGUCCACCAGUUGCGUAGUCAAAGUGUCUAGAGGCGUGACUAGUCUUGAUACAUUCACUCUGGAGGAGCUGGACAGCGUCUCUUUGCACAAGCAGGCAUAUUUGGCCAAAGAUGCCAUUAAGCAUCUGUAUUUGUACCAUCACAGGCAUGCUUCCAAACCGCAGCAUAUGUUUGCCCUAUUUCUAACGCCCUUGCAGAAAUGCCUGGUUAUAGUGGUUGAUACUGUGAGGACCAACUUGAUGCCCAACAUGAGCAAUUUGUACUCAUCGGAACGUUCUGCUAAAAAGGAGAAAAUUUCGGAAGAACUACUGCCGCCCGAAGGAGUGCAGUUUGAGGUCAGAGUGGAAACUGCCUUGAGUCAAGUCUUCAAAAUACUGAGUAAGGCCCUACAGGGCUACAAAGAAGAGCGGAAAGGUCCCACGCUUUUGGCCAUUCAAAGCACCAUGGAUAUUCAGGUGCUGCAAAGCAGCAUUGGAUCGUUGGGCGACUUUCCGCAAACUCAAAUUUUCGUCAGAGAUGAAGAUGAACUCUACAAUGUCCUGGACUGGCAAAAACUGGGGGCUAAAGCUCUUGUGCGGCAUUAUUUGAACAGCGAAUCCGCAUUGGAUAUAAUGGUAGAACAGAGUCGCUAUUUCCAUAUUCCAGUGGGCAAUUUACCGGAAGAUGCUGCCCUGUUCGGGGCAGAUCUUUUUUACGCCCGGCAUCUUACCAAAGCCAAUCACGUGCUUUGGUGUUCGCCCUUUGAUAAGCCGGAUUUAGGAGGGUGUGAAGAAACUGACACCAGAUUAUUGGCCGAUGACCAAGAGGGCUCAAGCGAAGUAUGCAACAUGCCAGGCUGGUACUCGUCGGUUUGCGUCGAGCUGGAUAUAGACAGUUUGGCCAUAAAUACCCUUCUUCAGUCCCACCAUGUAACUGACAUAGAAGGAAUGAGUAACGCCACGAGUUUCGGCUCUAAUCAAGGCACCUCUAUAGACAAUAUGCUCUCGGGCAACGCCCCGAUUGUCUAUAGUGAAUCCAACCGAUGCGCCGAGGCUUUUAAGGUCCUCCGGACGAUGGCUAGCACUUGGAUGAGGGACAUUUCUCAACAUGACAAUGUGUAUGCAGACUUCCAAGUUGUACACUUUUAUAGAUGGUUGAGAUCGUCGAAGGCUCUGCUAUACGAACCAGCGUUGCUCAAAACGCUGCAGACGCUAAUGAAGAAGCUGUUCUUGCAGCUGGUCGCCGAAUUCAAGCGACUGGGUUGCAUUAUUGUUUACGCCAACUUUAACAAGAUAGUGGUUUGCACUAAGAAGAGUAACGUGCAAGAUGGGCUGGCCAAUGUGGAGUUUGUGGUCAAUUCCAUUAGAAACAGGGAGCUGUUUCACUCGAUUGAAAUCAGCUACAAGCGCUGUUGGGAGUAUUUGGUUUGGCUGGAUUCAGCAAACUAUGCAGGCGUUCUGGGCAAAGCCCCUCAGAACUUGGAGGAAAUCCCAAAUCACAGCGACGAAGCGGAUAAUGAGGAAAGCGACGAUAAUGACGACGACUCAGAACCAGUGGUAAACUGCCAUUGGAACAUAGCCGAGCAGCUGCCAGAAGGGGCCGAUUGCAGGCGCAGCUUCGAAGCUGUUAUUGCCGGCUACAUUAACGCGAUUUACAGGAAACUGAAGCAGCGGACAACGGUGACAAUGCCCGUGAUCCUGAGCCAGCCCUCAUUUGGUCUGGCCAAUCAUGAGGAUGUGGUGGACUAUGCCAAAGAACUGCUCUCUGGCGAAAUCAGCCAGAAUUUGUUCAAAAUAACUGAAACAGUCAACCGCGUCCUUAAGCGUGCAGCUGAUGGAACAAGUGCUGCUCUGGGCUUUGUGAACUCUGUUUGCCAUAUUUUGGGACUGGAUCCUGCUGUGGAAGAGGUUGUAGAUCACUUAAAGAGCAAUUUGCUGAGGCUGGUGGGAAUUGGGGAAUUUUCAGCAAAAGCCACUUGGGCAGACACCACCAUUUCUUACAUUGUUCCGCAAAUUAUUUGCAGAAAGUGCAAUCAUUGCAGGGACAUUGAUUUGGGCAGAGAUCCGUAUAGGACCGACCACUCUUGGAACUGCCCGAACUGCGAAGCUUCAUACAACAGUGCGGAAAUUGAAAGUUUUCUGCUUGAAACGAUUUCUCGGAAGUUCCUGGCUUACAACCUGCAAGACUUACAGUGCGAAAAAUGUAAUCAGAUUAAAAUGGAAAAUCUAAUAAAACAUUGCCAGUGCGCUUCCAAUUUUCGGUGCCUGGUUUCGAGGAAAGACUUGAUUAAACUGCUGGAGACGUUUUUGGAAUUGGGGGAAAGGUUUGCCAUGCCCGCCCUAGCGGAAACUGUUAGACAGAUUUUAGCGCUGGCUUAGGUGGUUACUAAGCUGGAUAUUAUGUUUGUUUUUAAACUUAAGUUAUGUUCAAUAAUAUUUUUUUACUGCCAUUGGGGAUUUAUUCGCAAAUCCUCAAAAAGAUACACCUUAUAGUGGAUUCGAUUUAAUCGGGAAGUUUUCCAAAGGUGUUUAAUAACAGCUAAGACCUAAGAGACAGGGAAAU